ACUGAGCGAUGCGCCUCGAGCAGAGCCGUUGUGCAUUAAGGUUUGACAAUCACAUUAAAAAGUGAUUAACAUAAAAUCUAAGUGUUAGUUCGGUUUUAUAUCUUUGUCUUUAUUUUUCACAUCAGGGUAAUUUUAAAAAGAAAACUAUAAUCAGGACAAGGUUUUUGGUCGCGUAUCUGAAAACUGACCACAGUUGUUUUUUUUUUUUCUCCUAAACGGUUCCCUGGACAGAGUUUGCAAUUUGAAUAUAGAGUUAUUUGAUUUUGAAACCAGCCUGAUAACUCAGUGGAAGAUGGUAGAGGGAACGCAGGAAAAUCUCGCUUGAUUUUGGUGAACUGUGCGCUCAAAGGCUCUACAUCGUCUUCGGGAAGACUUCCGAGGCAAAGGAGGCGGACUCAGUCCACAGGCUGUUAUAAGGUUGGCAACACUAAACAGCCGCUGCCAUGCUGUCACUGGACGAGCCGCUGGACUUGAAGCUUCCCUCCGGACGACCAGGUGGUCCAGUGAUACUGGAAAAGAGGGCUUGUUCUUCCUCAGUCUGUGGCCCCCUCAGCACCCCACGACCACACCUGCGGUGUACAGCCUUUCCAUCACCUCCCUCCUCACCAGAUUCCCAGUCUUCCUCUCAAGAACGACCCGGGUCCUGCUUCACUCCUCCGGCUAUGGACCUCAGCCUGUCACCUUCCUCCCGCCAUGCCUCUUCGCUCUCACCAUCUCCCUCCUCCCCCUCUUCCUUCUUCACCCCUUCCUCACCCCUGGAAUCCCCUCAUAGCAGCAGCAGCCCUCAGCCCCACCACUUCUCCUGGGAGGCGGCUCAUCAUUGUGGUGUUGAAGGUCAGCACGUUUACCCAUUUUACCUCCCGGUCAGAAACCCACCGGGUGGCUACAGCUUCCCUUCCUCCAUGUUCAUUAGUCAGCACAGAGAGAAGCCAGUUUCCCCAAAACACUCGAUGGAUGGUCAGCUGGCCUGCCGCUGGAUGAAAUGCCACCUGCUGUUCAACUCACUGCAGGAUUUGGUGGAUCACAUCAACGAUUUCCAUGUCAAGCCAGAAAAGGAUUCUGGGUACUGCUGCCAGUGGGAGGGCUGCGCUCGAAACGGGAGGGGCUUCAAUGCUAGGUACAAAAUGUUGAUUCACAUCCGCACACACACCAAUGAGAAGCCACACCAUUGUCCUACCUGUAACAAGAGCUUUUCACGACUGGAAAACCUCAAGAUCCACACCCGCUCACACACAGGGGAAAAACCCUACAUUUGCCCAUAUGAAGGCUGCAGCAAACGUUAUUCCAACUCCAGCGAUCGCUUUAAGCACACUCGAACCCACUAUGUGGACAAGCCUUACUACUGCAAGAUGGCAGGCUGCCUGAAGCGUUAUACAGAUCCCAGUUCACUACGCAAGCACAUCAAGGCCCAUGGGCACUUUGUUUCUCAGGAGCAAGGUACCUCCAACAGGCUGGGGACUGGGCUCAGCUUCCCUGCAGAGCACCGAAGUGCUACUGAACUACCCUCUGUAGGUGGAGGGCAUGUCAUCAUCCCUGGGGCUGCUGCAGCUCUCCUUGGGGGUCUUGGAACUUCCUUGCCACUCACUGCUCUCUACCAUGCCAGAGCCCUUGGCCAUCAUGGAGCACCACUUUUCUCCAUGAGUGGAGGAGGAGGAGGAAGUUUGAGGCCACUUGGCCUUUCAGAAUCCACACUGUUACACUUUGGACUCUCAGCUGCAUCAGUGUUGGGGCUGGGAGCUCUGGGAGGUCUUGCCCAGGUGCCAGGGAUGGAGCCAGAGGACAAGGAGGAAGAGGAGGAAAGAGAGGAUGGAGAAAUUUUAAACCUGUCUGCAGGUGUGGCCCGUGGACAAAGCAAUCCCUUGUCUUGGGUGGUAGUUCCUUCUAGACCACUCUUCCUUAAACCAACUGUUGUCAGUUAAAAUGUGCUGCCUGGCAACCUGUUUUGUUAAUUUUGUUUUUUGUUUUUUUUUUCAUGCACGUGCUCUGUUUAUGAGGAAUCAAAUGUUGCUGUCGGAAUAAGUGCCAAAACAAAGCGUGCCAAUCAUUCCGGUCCACUGACAACUGAAAAUUAUGGCCAACUUUGUAAAGAUUUUGCUGUUUGACAUGGUCAGCUCACCUAAAUCAUAAAGAAGAUAAAAGACACCCAUUAUGGCAUCUAGUCAACGAGGAUGACUCUGGACCAUCUUAGGCAGCAGGGGAUGGCAGUCUCUCAUAAGAAAGGCAGUAGGCAGCACCAAUUCUCUGAUCAUUUUAAAUACCUCUGCUGUUAACAAACCUUUCAAAGUUCCUUCCUGAGAUACUCAGCAUGAUUGGUUGAUCCUGUUGUGCAUUGUUCCAUCUCUAAAAAGAUAACCAAUGUGAAAGAGCAGUGGUGAUGGCUUUGAUUGUGGCUAAAAACAGUCUUUCUAUAUUAGACAGUGAGAGGCGUUAAAAGAACAGCCGUGCUUGUUUUCUAACAGCGUCAGAAAUUUCAGACAAUCGCUUACAUACAUGUGAACAUGUUAGGUCAACUAACAUUGAGUAAUGUUCAAUUUAUUAACAACUUUUAAUCAUGCUGUAUGUAGACUUCCAGAGUUUCUUACACUGCAUCCCCAGAAGUUGGUGUUUUUCCAAAAUGUUUUAACAGACGAAGGGAGCAGUCAGGCUCCCAAUUUAUAUCACCAAUAAAAUUAAUAUAUGGAUGCAAAAUGAUAUCAAAGCUUGUGCUUGCAUUAGCUUUUUAGCAUUGCAUUCACUUAUCCCCUUUGGGCUCCAGACAACCAAGAUGUUAGCUGGCAGAUGCCAGUUUUUAAAACUUAUGUAAGUCGUGAGCAUGUUAGCAUACUAAUGGCUGCUUUUACUUCAAAGCAAUGCGAUAGCUAAUUAGGAGUUAGCUUAGCAUUGGACACAAAAAGAAAACAGUAUUAGAUCUCAGCAUGGAUUAACGUCAAAUAAGUCGGAUAAUAUGAAUGAAUUAGGUGAACUGACCUGUCAAUAGGCCUUUUCUUCAUCUUAGCCUUUAUCUUCCAAACAUUUUCAGCAGAAAAUCUUCUGCAUUAUAUUCAUCAGACCAUGUCAUGAAAGUUUCUGUUCUUGACAAACCACCAUUGAUUGCUUUUUGAUGCAGAUUUUAUGCUUAUAAAGAUGGACAACAGCAAUUUUGAGGAACAUUCACUCCACAAACAAACAUUUCACCAAAAUACAUACCAUAAACUCAGUGAAUAUCUACCUUUCCUACGUGUUUGUGUUUGACACAAUCUUCGAGAAAUUACUCACAUUAAAAAACACAUGUAUUUAUAAAACAGCUGUUUACGAGAUAUUUAUGUUUGGAAAAAUAAUAGUGAGAAAGAUUUUGCACAUCUGUAUGGUUACAGAAUUAAUUUAGAUCAGUUCCCUUGGUGUCAUAGCUUUGCCAUGAAAAGAUACAACAGUACAGCUUAAGAGAUUCCCCUCAUUUGUUCCAUUGCCAUGCCAACAAAGCAACAAGCUCCCUUGAAUAAAACAAAAGGCUUAUUGACACACCUGACAAUUUAUGACAUAUCCAGCUUACUCAUUUAACAGAAGAAUAGUGAUAUAAUGUUCAGAUGAUCAGUUUAUUUUAGGUACAAGGGAGUCAUUGACUCAGAAAUCAUUCACUACAUUUAUAGUAGUACAAUGUGUAAUGAAGGCUUAGAAUCCACAUGGAGCAGUGUGGCUGAUGAUGUGACUUUCAAGUGACAAAGAAAAAAAAUUAAGAAGGUUGACGCAACUGAAUGUAAAUUUGAUGUUAACACAUUUUAUAUAUACUUGUUUGUUUUUCUAUUACUCAUUCAAAGACAAUGAUCUACAUAGGAUCUGCUUUGUCUCUUUACAUGGCUGAGGUAAAUAAGUAUAUUGGUAGCAGGAAGACAAACAAAGGUGUGUAUUAGUACACAUUUGCUAUGGAUGAAUGUUAAAACUCAGUAAGGUACAUAAAAGAAAUAAAAAAAAAGCUAUUAAUCCUCUGGGAUCUCUAAUGGUGUGAAAACAUCUUCCUUACAAAAAACAAAACAAAAAGACAAAAAGAAACAAGUCUUUUGAAACCCAUCUGCAAAGCUAAAAUGUUACUGCAUGUUAGAAAUUUUAACAAAGUUUUAAUAUAUGGGCUUACAAUAAUAGACUUAGUCAAAGUUCCCAGCAAAUAUUUGUAAAAUCAUAUAAAUUAUUAUGGCUAAAAGUGUAGAUUAAUUGCCAUUGAUUAAUAAAUAUAGCAAGUGACUGGAGACACUGAUAGAGUUAAGAUCCCAGAGGGUUAAAAAGCAAUCUCUGUGGUAUUUUUGAAGGGGAAAUGUUAGACAAUAGCCACAUGUGGCCGGUACAUUUACAAUGAUUUAUCUUAUGUUACUGUUUGCACACUGAUUUAUCCUAAUCAGUAUUUCAAAGAUGUCUAAGUGCCUUAUAUAUCAACCUAAAUAUAUCACACAGUAUCUGAAAAAUAUGUAUUCAGGUGUAAAGUGUAAAAAUGCACUUUUUGUAACAUUUUAAAAACUUAACAGCUUGACAACUGAUGUUAUUUGUACAUCAGGGCCCCUGCAAGACUUUAUAUGGAUAUUGCCAGUGUUGUUGCUAUGACUUUGACAUUAUGUCAAUAAACAUAAAAAAGACAGUAAAAAUGUUCUAUCUGCCAUUGAAUUUUACAUUAGUGUGUAUGUCUGUGUCUGGUGUGGAUAAAGUCUAUAUUGUCAGCUUUCAUGUGUUCAUUAUUUUGUUUUUUAUUGCUAAUUACAAUAACUGUAUGCCUUUUUAAAUGAUUUUGUGUAAUUUGGGCUUAAUUGAACUUUUUGUAGAACUUAACAUUUAGUUUGAAUUUUAUUUAAGUCAGUUUUAUUACACUUAAAUGGAUAAAUGUAUGGCGAAGCAUAAGUCUUCAUGAGUAGCUAAAGGGGUAGUGCACCCGAAAAUGUGGUUUUUGAGCUGUAAACAA